UCAACAAACCCUGCUAUCACUACCAGCUUGCUCCUGUGCCAGUGUGAACAUACUUAAUUGAGUAGUGUGUGUGUACUCUCAGUGUUGCUAACUGUAGGUUUGUGUGAGCGUGCAUGUGUCUCUGCAUGGCACUUCACCAUCACCUAAGGACUCCUGCACUUCUGAGCCAGCAAAUCCAACCCAGGUUGCCCCGAACCAUGACAGAGAGACUUACUCUGACUUUACUGCUGUGGAGUAGCUGUGCGUUGAUUAUCCCAAACUGUGAAGGCCAAGUGGAUACGUUUCCCACACCUGAUGUGAACUGCACGUGUGAACUUGGCCAUGGAAAGUGUGCCGAAGAUGGAGAAUGCAGAUGCGAUCCGGGAUGGGAAGGAACUUUCUGCGACGACUGUGUGCGGAUGCCGGGCUGCGUCCACGGCUCGUGCCAUCAGCCGUGGCAGUGCAUCUGUGAGGACGGCUGGGCGGGGCGGUUCUGUGACAAAGAUGUACACGUGUGCGAAAAAGAGGAGCCGUGUCAAAAUGGGGCCACCUGUUCCUUAAACGAGGCAGGAGAGUACAACUGUUUGUGUCCUGAAGGCUUCCAUGGGAAACACUGUGAGUUAAAGACCGGGCCAUGUCAUAAAAUCAAGUCCCCUUGUAAGAAUGGUGGCCUGUGUGAGGAUCUGGGUGGCUUCGCACCAGAGCUGUCAUGCCGAUGCCUGGUUGGCUUCACAGGGCCUCGCUGUGAGACCAACAUGGAUGACUGCCUAAUGCGUCCCUGUGCCAAUGGUGCCACGUGUCUGGAUGGAGUAAACCGCUUUUCAUGCCUGUGCCCUGCUGGCUUUACAGGCCGUUUCUGCACUAUCAACCUGGAUGACUGUGCCAGUCAGCCCUGCCUCAACGGAGGCCGCUGUAUAGACCGUGUCACUGCCUUCCACUGCUUGUGCCCACCUGGUUACACUGGCCGAACUUGUGAGGUUCCACUCUGGCCUAAGGAAGCCCAAACCCAAGCCCCACGUAGGGGUUCCUUUGACUGGGGAGGAGGAGGUGGUUGGCCAGUCAGAUUUACCCAGAGCAAGCCUAAUAGCUCCACUUCAGGAAACCACUUCCAUGGGGUUACAGGUAGUGGCGGUGAUAGCCAUCUGCUGAAGAUCUCUGUAACGGAGGUGGUCACUCAGAGUGGGACAGGGGGACUCUCGGAGGAGCAGCUCAUAACACUGCUAGUACUGGGGGGCAUGACCCUGGCUGUAGUGGCACUUACAGCUGGGCUGGUGCUACGUGGACACUGGCAGAACUUGCGUGUCUGCAGCCACUGCAGAAUAUCAACCUCUCAACAACACCCAUUCCAGCAAUGCCGCUCAGAUCAGCAGCACCCAGUCUCCACUCAGCAGGACUGCAAGAUUAGCUUCCUGCACACCUCUGUGCCGGCUGAGCUGGAGAAGAAGAGAUUAAACACUGAGGUCAUAUGAAGCCAGUCCUUUUAUAUGAGUGCCAGGAUACAAGGCAAAGACUGCUCACAGUGAAAAUGAAGUGUUUCUCUUUAACUUAAAUGACCUGCCAUGUGGGCUGUCACUCAAGGAGCAGACUGGAGAACACACUUAAGGAAGGAUUACGUACACUCCUUGAGGGACAAUCAACAAGAAGCACUCCUCAGGAAAAAGAGCGCAGCUCUUGAGUGACCAUCAUGAACUAAUUGAUGCCAUGAGUAGAGUAUGCAGCACUGAAAAGGUAUUACAACAGAUAUGUGUAGAAACACAAGGACUCUGGAAACGUGUUAUGAGGAAUAUCCUCAAACUAACUUGAGACUGCAGUUAUGCAGUACUGUACGGUUCACAUUUGGACAGUAGAACUUUGUGAUAAAAAAGACGUUGCAUUUAAAUCCACACAAUUAAGUGGUUCUUCAAACUAAACUUUAAUUGUCGUGUCAUGUAUGCCACAGAUUGGAGUAAAAAAGGUAUAUAGUUAGUAGAAAGUUUUCAGUCUUUAAAAUGUAGAACAUGUGCACUUGGAGAUAACUGCCAUGUAAAUGAUAAGGAAAUAUUUGUGAUGUUCAAUAUCUGUGACUUUUGUACAAAUGUUGGAAGAUUUAUUUUCUUUGCCACUGUGUUGAUUAGUUAAUUAGUACUACUCAUUAGAUAACAGCACAGAAAAGUUUAAGAAAAUCUGUAGUGCAUUCACUGAUAGACAGUGAACAAUUUAAUUUAUUACAGUAAUUUAUUGGUGUAAUGUAUACUUGAGCUUUGCAAUGUGUAUUUUUGAUACUGAGUUGAGCUUAUUAAAACUGUAACUUGAGAAAUAACGAAGUUCUUUUACAAAGCAUUGAAAAUGAAAUUGAGAAAAAGAAUUAGAGAAAUGACACAGUUUAUGUACAACACACCCCUUCUUUGUUUCAGCUAUCUGGUGGCAUCAGUUAUGGCACUCGCAUGUAAUUCAAGGGUUUGUAAUCAUUUACAGUAUUGGCCAGAAAUAACUUUGGUUUUAUUCUUGAAAAAAUAAUAAUAUUAGAUCCUUGCCUUUUCAUAAACAUUUAAUAAGCUAUUUUAUUGUUGUGCAUUCCCCUACUUUGUGAUAGUUAUAAAUUGACUGAUAAAUUAAGAAUAAAAUGGUCUUAAAUACAGAAAGAUCUUAAGUAUGGUGACAAAGAAGAGGAACAUCUCAAAUCCAGCAAAAAAAUACUUUUUAAAAGUAAAAUAAGUUUUCUCUGAUUUACUUUUUUUUCUGGAAUAUAUGCACUUUUCUUGUAGUCAUUUCUUAUUGUCAAUGAAGAGUAAUUUAUUUAUUAGUAACUGAUUAAUGAUUUAUUGAAGUAAUUAAUUGCAGAUGACAUGCAAGUAUCUUUUCAUUGUAGGACAACAGUUUGUCAACUGUGCUUAACUGCUAUUUACUACAUAGCCAUUACACCCAUUGCGAAAGUAUAAGUCAACAUAACAUAAAAGGUUCUUACCACACACAUCUUAGCUACUUACAACAUUUAGCCAAUGAUUUUAUCCAAAGUAACUUACAAUUCUCAGUGAACACAAGGUGAGCAACUGAGUGUGAAGGGCCUUGCUCAGGGUUGUGACUGUGGAAACCUGGUUAUGGUGGGACUUUAACUGGCAACCUUCUGAUUACUAGGCAAGUAACUUAACCACUAAACUACCACUGCCCCAGCUACUUGAGCAUGUGUGGUAUUUCAAAGUUCCCUCCAGAGUCUCAGGUUUUGCCUAAGCACAUCUUAGAGAGGCUGAACUGUAGCCGUGUCCCUUCCUGACACUAUAUAUUUGGCACAGGAAGUAGAGAAACGAACUCAGGAAUAAAAUGAAAAUGGAGUCAAUCUACAUGCCAGGUAGUAUGGCAUUGUCCUAUACUAGAGCACACCCUCCCUGCAUAGACUCGUGUUAUUACAGAGGAGAAUCUGUCAUGAACUACUUGUAUAUUAACCUUUCAAUCAAUACAUGUUUCUAUACAACUGUUUCAAAUAGUAAUAGGCCUCCAGACAACACUGUGCUUAUACAGGCUGAUAACUAUAGGUGAUAAUAAUAACCAGUGUAGAUUUACAUAAGAACAAGACAGUUAGACUACUCAGUGCAGUGGUUUUCAUCAAUGCAAACUUCACCAAAUCUUAUUCUUAGCUGUUUCAUGUUUUCUGACUCAGUUUAGGGUGUUUUUUUCCCCCCUGCAUUUUACAUGAAAAUGCAUUCUCUGAUACAAUUUGUUGGUACUUGAUUUAUAAACAUAUUGUUUAUUAUUCUUCAGUGAGAAAUAGAUUGUUGAUUUAUGUCAAUAAACGCAUUGCCAUCAAGAAAUGUUAAGAUAUGUUUAUCACUUUGGAUACCACUGGUUACCCUGUUACCAAAAGCACAGGCUUUUCAACAGCUCAACAGCUAAAAAUGUCGCUCUUGAGAUUUACUCUGGCUAACUACUUUAUUUCUUUAGCCUUCAAUUUCUCAAAUUUCUUUCUUUCACUUAGGAAUGAAUAUUAUUUAAUUUGUAGAUAUAACACUUGCUAGGACUGGUACUAUCUUGCUAUCUAAUGGAAUAGAACCAGAUAUAUUAUCUAUGUAAUUGAAAUUAUCCAUAACAUGUAUAGGGAUCCUUAGACUGGAGGGGUGGGUGCAGUCCCCAGUCUUCAUUCAGACAGAACUGACUAGCAUCCGAUUGCUUACUUGACUCGCGUUGACGAGUGAGACGAGAUAACAUCUCAAUGUCUUGCUUUGCUUAUAGGCAGGCCUUUAAUUUUAUUAUCUCGUUUAUUAUCCCAUUAAUUCUUCCGUUGUUUUUGGCUUAGGUGACAUCAUUUAAGUUAUAACUGUAGAAUCAACUCUGCAAUGUUAGCUAGCAGCAGGUAACUAGUUAUCAUCUCCAAAAUAUACAGACCAGAAGCUUAUUUAGUUUUAUAUUUUUAGCUAUUUUGUGUGUCUCUAAUCAGACUGUGUUUUCAAUAACAGUUGAAAAUUGGAGGUGGUUGAAAUUGUCAUUAUACAUAUUUGGUUUAUUUUUAUAUUAUAUUGUGUUGUGUUUUAAUACUUUUAUUUUGUGAAGUAACAGUAGUCUCUUAGUUAUUGAAAAGAAUAUGCUGGUUGGGGAGAAUGAAGGAACAUAUUCACUGUGAAGUUCAGCUCCAAUUUACUGUUGUUGCAAUACCCCAGGAAUCUGUGAGAGCAGGGGUGGAAGAUGAUUCACAGGUGGAUGAUAUGGCUACAGACUGUGGAACGGCUUUGACUAUGAGAUAAACAUAGAGGUAGCCAUGGUGGUAGGAAAAGGAAAGAGAUUCGGGGGGUGUGGGUGGGUGCUGAUGUCAGUGAGGGCACUGUGGAUUCGUCAAGGAAAGAAGAGGUGCUUGUGUGAGGGGGUACAGGAGUUCCGCAUUGAACAAUACUCUUCACUUAGUUGCUAAAGUCAGUUGGCAAACGUCAACAGCAGGUAACGUAAAACAGUUCACAGGGCAUUAGUAGGAUCAGCUACAGCAUCCAGCAGAAAAACUGAUGUUUAGUUCAUGCGCAAACCUAUCCCUGCAUCUAGAUAGACUUAUUCAGGAGUUAAGGUGACUUAAAAAGCAAUGUAGGCAAGCAGAUGAGGUAAAAAGAGAGGAUAUUAAUACAUUGCAGAAUGAGGUGAAGAGUUGGUUGGUGAUAUUAAUGAAAGCAGAUGUCUUUUAAAGGAAGAAAAAGGCACGUGCUAUGGCAACAUUCUUUACCGAUCCAUUUAUGUUUGUUAAGACCUUAUUUAUUAAGGAGAAAUCUUGGAGCCUAAAAGUUGGAAAGAAGCACUCAGAGGAGCAUUUCCAUAAAGUGUAUACUGAUAAGGAAAAAGCAAAGGGGCUGAGGCUGUCAGUAGUUAUUCCACCAGUGGGUGACACUCAGUGGCAAAUAGAUAUCAUCCCACCAAAGUGGAGUGAAGUUCAAGACAUGGUGUGUCAUGCAAAGGCAGGUUCUGCACCAAGCUUAAUGGAAUCCUGUAUCAGCUAUAUAAAAAUACCUUAUGUUUUGAAGUUUUUAUGGAAGAUUAUGGUUAUAGUGUGGCAGAACGGGAUUAUCAGCUUACUAGUUCCUAGUAUACUAGCUAAAUGCCAUAAAUGUAAUGUAAAUGUAAGAAAGGGAUUGUCCCAGAGGAAUGGUGAAGAAACAGGGGAUAUUCUUAUACCAAAAGAGAAAGAUGCUGUGGGUGUUGAGCAGCUUCUGACUAUAAGCCUUCUUAUUGUGGAAUGUAAGAUAUUCUUUAGUGUACUCGCAUGAAUACUCACUGUAUUUGAAAGUAAAUACAUGAAUUGAUACAAAAGUGCAAAAAGCAGGGGUCUCCGUAUUUUUGGGUUGCUUGGAGCUUAGCAGUAUGAUUUUCCAUCAUAUUCAGACAGCAAAUAACGAGGUGUGGUUUUCCUAGACCUGGCUAAUAUAAUUUUCUUGAUGCCGCAUAAUCUCUUGUGGAAGGCAUUUGGGUUCCUCCAGUUACCAGAUAGGAUUACGAGGCUGGUUAAGGCGUAUUUUGAAGAUAUUCAGUUUUGUUUUAAUAUAGGGGAGUGUAUUACAUUCUGGCAGCAAUUGGAAAUAGGUGUAAUGACAGCUUGUUUUUUACCAUUAGCAUUUAUGAUAGUGACGGAGGUGAUAAUUAAGGAUUGGAAGUGGGUUAUAGGUAGGGAUAAGCUGCAGGACGGUACCAGGCUCCCUACAAUCAGGAUGACAAUAUAUGGAUGACGUGACAAUGCUGACUCUGCCAUGUGCUUGAUGAUUAUUAGAGAAGUUAAAUGAUAAUCUAAGGUGGGGAAGGAUGAAGGCUAAAUCUAGACAAGUCUAUAGGUUUUGAAAGGAAACUUUUCCCUUUUGAAAAAAAAAAGUCUGCUGAUGGAAGUAGAAUGAUGAUACUUUUAUACUUGAGAAACUAGUUAGGUAGAGUUUAAGUAGACAGCGUAGAACAGCACUGAAUGAUAAAGAGCAAGUAGUGGGGCUAAAGAAGGAGGUGGUGAAGGCUGUUAAUAACAUCAAUAAGAUGUUUUUCCCCAGGUAAACUGAAACUGUGGUGUCUACAGUUUGGCUUGUUGCCUUGAAUUAAGUGGAGACUGACAGUUUAUGAAGUAGCAAUAACUUAAGUGGAGAGGCUAGUUAGGAUU